GCUAACGCAAAAAAUGGCGUGCUGCCUCCAGGUUAUGACAUUCUUCUAUAAACUUGAUUAGAUGUAAUUAUAAUGGCCCUCUUUUCACAAGUUGGCUUCAUUCAACUAUGGUGGUAUCCAUGAGACCCUGCAAAGCUAGGAUACUAACUACAAAAGAAUGCAAAAAUUGUAAAGGAAUUUUAGUUAAGUACCAAACAGCCUGUUUGAUGAUCUUGCAACUAAGCCUUCACCAUCAUCACACAGUAUAUAUAAUUUUUAUUGUCGCCAAAAGCCAAAGAAUGGCUGGCAAAUUUAUGCUUUUCAGUGCUACAAUGCCAAAUAGCGAGUACUAUUAUCGGUUAGUUACAAAUAGUUUAGAAAAAACUACUGUGUUUACGUGUACCUCUGACUGCCUUUCAGAAAAUUUAUGUUCUUUUUGAAGCCAUCUAAUCUGUUUUGAAUUAGUCUUCUUCCCCUUUGUCGGGGUUGCAACCCUAAAAAUUAAAUUUUCACUGUUGUUCAGUAACGAGGGGAGAGAAAGGUAAACAAAAUAAUAGAAUAACGGAAUGUAUAACAGAUAAGCAACCUUUCUCCUUUCUAUAAGGCGCUCUUAAGGUUUUCACAGUGUUCCAACGAACUUUUCCGACAAUUGUAUGUAGGUUUCUUGACAAAUAGCUUUUCCUUUCAUCCUAAGAGAUCAGUGAGUAAUGUCUCAAUGUAAAAGUAACUCACUGGCGAAAAAAUACCAAGAGAUUGUUCUUUACUUAAUUUCUCAAGUGUUCCUGUCUCCUGAAUUACCUACAGAGGGAUUUCAGUCGAUGGCCUUUUUAUUAAUAGUGUUUUUCAUGUCUAGAAUUAUAUGGGGUUACUUUAACCUAAGGAAAGUCAGGAACCCGCUUCUUUUGCUCAGUACCUAGGGCUGCAUUUUGCCAGGCUGCACCAACAGUUCUAUGAUACAGUUCAGUAGUACAGAAAGGCAGAGAAGAGCUUUUUUCUAAGAGAAAACAGAAGCACAGGUUAAGUAUGUAAGUCUUCUAUUUGUCUUCGAUUCCUGGUUCAAGAAACAACGGUGUAGCCUCUUAACAAAGUGGUGCUAGAUUCUGAGGGACAAUAAAAUAUUAAAUCGAUCCCAGAUUUGUACGAAAUGAAAUGUCGUGAUUUAUCUUACCCUGGUCUACUCCAGGAGUGCUACAAAGUUGAUUUAAAGAUAUCUGAUGAACAAAUAAAGGUAAUUGAACGGAACACUGUUGAUCAGGCUAAAGGAGGUGCCUUUGUUAGACACAGAGCUGGAAGGAUAGGUGCUUCAAAAUGCCAUGCAUUGAACCACACAGAUCCAUCACAGCAAUCGCAAUCUUUGAUCAAAACCACAUGUUAUCCAAAUAUUCUUCGUUUUAGUACAGCAGCCACUAAACAUGGAUGUAAACACGAAGCGCUAGCUAUUGCAGUUUAUGAAAAAACCAUGAAAGAGACUCAUGCGAACUCUGUUGUCACCAAAUGUGGGACAAUCAUUAAUAAGAAAUAUCCAUUUUUGCAUGCAACCCCAGACUUUCUUUGUGAGUAUGACUGUUGUGGACAGGGCUGUGGAGAAGUAAAGUGCCCCUUCUGCAUCGAGGGGCUUGACUUUGACAGUUAUGUGAAAAUAAAAGCCUCUUGUUUAGAGAAACAUGGAGAUGAAUUUAUGUUAAAAAGAGAGCAUGACUAUUACUUUCAAGCUCAACAGCAGAUUCAUACUGCUGGGAGAGCUUACUUGGAUUUCAUUGUGUUUGCCACAGAUGGAGCAUCGCAUCGGUUUGUGAAGCAAAGACUACUUCCAGACAUUGAACACUGGGAGACACAAAUCCCCAAGCUAGAGACAUUUUGGAGAAGUUGUGAUUUGCCAGAAAUAUUAGCUCGCUGGUACACUAGAAAGAUGGACUUGAAAUCUCAGAUAAGUCCAAGGGAAAGUCGGCUAUCAGGUGAUUGCUACUGCAGACAAAGCGCAAAUGAAGGAACAAUUACCUGUGCUAAUCUUGAACGCAGAGUGUCCACAUUUCACCCGUCUUGCUUGUGUAUUAAUAAACUGAAAGUACCAAAAGUCUGGUACUGCCCACAUUGUAGAAGGUUACCUCAGUUUACAAGAGCAAAUCCAAGAAAUUGCCAGAUAUGAAAAAUCAGUACUUGACU